AUUUCGCCAUCAGUAAAUAUGGCGGACACCGAGAAGCAGGCAGGCGCGUCUCCUGAAGAUGACGGACCUCCCCUACCUGCCAGCUUCAACUUCAUGGUACCGAGGAAGGAGAUCAGCAUGGUGCCCGACAUGGGCAAAUGGAAGCGAUCUCAGGCGUAUGCUGACUACAUGGGAUUCGUUCUGACUCUGAAUGAGGGGGUGAAGGGGAAGAAGCUCACGUGUGACUAUCCUGUUUCAGAGACAGUAGAAAAGGUGCUGUCUCUGUUGGGAACUUUGGAUCGUUGGAUAGAUGAGACACCACCAGUGGACCAGCCAUCACGCUUUGGCAAUAAGGCUUACCGAUCCUGGUACGCCAAACUGGAGCAGGACGCUGAGGCUCUGGUGUCUGCAGUUCUUCCUGAUAAACUCCAUGCUGCUGCUCCAGAGGUCGCUAUGUACCUGAAAGAAGCUGUAGGCAACUCUACAAGGAUCGAUUACGGCACAGGUCAUGAAGCUGCCUUUGCAGCGUUCCUCUGCUGCCUUUGCAAAAUAGGAGCUCUGCGAGUGGAUGACCAGCUGGCCAUCAUUUUUAAAGUCUUUGACAGGUACCUGCAUGUGAUGCGGAAGCUGCAGAAGACGUACCGGAUGGAGCCGGCGGGGAGUCAGGGCGUGUGGGGGCUCGACGACUUUCAGUUUCUGCCCUUCAUAUGGGGCAGUUCCCAGCUCAUAGAUCACCCCACCCUGGAGCCGCGGCAUUUUGUGGAGGAGAAGGUGGUGAACGAGCACCAUCAGGACUACAUGUUUCUGGAGUGCAUCAAAUUCAUCAAUGAGAUGAAAACGGGACCCUUUGCUGAGCACUCGAACCAGCUUUGGAACAUCAGCGCUGUUCCCUCCUGGUCCAAAGUCAACCAGGGCCUUAUACGAAUGUACAAGGCUGAAUGUCUAGAGAAGUUUCCUGUCAUCCAGCACUUCAAGUUUGGCAGCCUGCUCUCUAUCCAGCCUGUGAAACCAUGAGUGACGGCGAGAAGAACCAGUCCGAGAGCACAACCGAUUCAACAAACCACCCCAGCCGCCAUCCAGUGUUCCAAUGUUUAUCCGCUGCUUAAACGAAUACAUGUGACUACGAUCAAAACUCGAGUUCUAACAGCAGGUCAGCAUGACUGCCUCCUCUUCAAUUAUACAAUUCGCACAAGGAUAAAUUUGUCACGUUGGUCCAGCCCUGAAGAAACAGAGUGUCGGGGGGGGGGUGUAAUCCAUAGUGCAAUAAUUAUCUGAAAUUUUGCAGUACCCAGAAUUCAUAUUUAUUUAUGGAUGUGUACAUAUGAGGAGUAAAGUUUGCCUCAACUGAUAAAUCUUGGGUUUUAUUUGAUGUACUAGAUAAGUCAGUGGAUCGGUUUUUCUGGUGUGUGUGUGUGUGUGUGUGUUUUUCUAAAACACAGUUAAUCAUGUGGCCUGUAUGUGCUGUAAAUGUACUUUUCUUUCCAUUUUGUCACUAUAUAGGAUUAAUAAAACAGCUGUUUCAGUCCUG